AUGGUAAUAGAAAGUGAAGUAUUGUAAACUUUAUAUGAAUUGUAUCAAAGGAAUUUAAUUUCAUAUGAGUAGAAAGGCAUGAUCAAAGGUAAUUUAAAUAAUUAGAAGGUUGAGAUAUGUUAAUAAGCAAAGAUGUUAUGUUUUUAUCUUGCAUUAGGGAAUGUGAUAGUUAGUUUAGUUUAUAGGAUAAAAUUAUGGAACUGUUAAAAGGUUAAAUCUAUGAUUUAAUAUUUUUUAGAAUAGGAAUCACCCCUUAAUAUAACAUCCACUAGCCCAAUUAAAAGAAUUUAAUAUUGUUAAUUCAGUAGAUAGAGAUUUAGAAGUGUUAUUUAAAACUACAAUAAAAAUAAUACAUCUAACCGAUUUAGAUCAAAUUCACUUGUAACCAGUUGA